AUGACUCACUAUGGAUUCAGUUCAAGGCAUUGUCUCAAUUUCACCAAAAGUUGUGGACAUUCAUAUCAUGAGCUUGUGGACCAUGAAGGAGGCAGACUUCUGCAGUGCGCAAUAGAUUCAAAUAGGCUUCUUGAACCCAGUGGUAUGCAAUCACGGGCACUAAAGUACACCAGCACCAUCGAUGAAUUGGCAAAGAGCUUCCAUCUCAACAAAUCCCGCAGCAUACUUCUAUCCUACAACUGCAUCGGCAACCAUCAUGUCCUUCUUGACAUCAGCGUAGAGAGGACCACUGUCAACGUUUACGACUCUCAAGGGAGCCAACUAGAGAACAUCCAUCCCUUCAUUGAGGCGCUAAACAAAGCCUACGAGAAGUUCAAGUCAAGGUCCAAGAAACGUCAUGAGCUUGGCAGAUCUAGGUUUCGAGUAGUAUCGGCCGGUUCGAUCCCAAUGCCGCCUGCAGGCAAUGAUCUCUGCGGGUUCUAUGUCAUGCAUUACAUGCACAGCCUCAUCAAUGCUCUCUCUAGCUCACAGGUUUGGCCCCUCAGCCCCUUUAGAAAUUUGGAUGACCUCGCGACAUACUUUGAGUGUGUAGCAAAGCUUUCCUUAACUGUGUUUCGCCUUUUUCUUGUGUUCCAGACUGAAGUGUCAUCUACACCGGAGCAGACUGAUUUGGAGAUAUCUGGGUUCCAAGAAGAUCUUUCCAGUUUCAUUAUAGACAAAGUCAUGAACCCCAAGGGAGUCCAUCACCUUCUCUAA